GAUCUUGAAAUUUCAGAGCCAAACAACAAAUUCAACCAUUUCCCGUCCUUCUCCAUUAUGGCUCCCUUGGCUAAAAACGUCUCCAUUCUCUUGCUUGUUCUCCUUCUUUCCUCUGUUCAUACUGAGGCUAGAGUAAGCAAGCAUGUCCCUAUAGUGGCAGCACCAGUGCUAGCACCAUCAAUUUCUCCAGCACCAGCACCAGCCCCUAUAACUAGUGAGAUUAGCUUUGCACCCACAUAUCUAGAAGUUCCGGCACCAGCACCAGCACCAAUUGAGAGUACUGACCAUCCCUAUGGCCUCUAUGGCGGUGUUUCUACUGUUUCUCCUACAAAAAAGACCACGACCACGGCCCUUGGCAAUGAGGAAGAUGAAAUUCCGGUUGAGGAAAUCAACAACGAAAGGCUCGCGGAAAACAAUGCCGGGAAUCGAUACUCCAAUGGUUACCCCAACAAUUACAACAACAAUGGCUACUCCAACAACUACAACAAUAAUGGAUACUCCAACAGGUACAACAGCAAUGGCUACUCCAACAACUACAACAAUAAUGGCUACUCCAACAGGUACAACAGCAAUGGCUACUCCAACAAUUACAACAGCAAUGGCUACUCCAACAACUACAACAAUAAUGGCUACUCCAACAGGUACAACAGCAAUGGCUACUCCAACAAUUACAACAGCAAUGGCUACUCCAACAACUACAACAAUAAUGGCUACUCCAACAAUUACAACAGCAAUGGCUAUUCGAAUUCAGUCUACAAUAACAACAAUGGAUAUAGCAAUAGCUACAGGAAUGAGAAACAAGGGAUGAGCGACACAAGGUUCUUGGAGAAUGGUAAGUACCAUUAUGAUGUUAACAAUGAGAAUCUGAAUCAAAAUGGGUAUGAAUCAGUGAAGGAAAAUAGCAAUGCUGAAGGUUACUACGGUAACGGUGAAAAGUCCAAGUAUGAGUUUGAUUCCGUGGGAGAAUAUGAGAAGCAACAGGGAUAUCCAGGCACAGAAAAGUACUAUAAUCCUUGAACUUGGAAAUCAGCCAAAAAGGAAUGCAAAGGAGAAGAUACGCAUUUAACAUAUUUUACAACAGAAUUCAAGCUAAAUUAUAAUGGGAUGUAAUUUUUUUUUUCUUUCUUGAUUUGCCUUCUUCACUCAAACCGUAGUUCCAUUUGUGUUUGCACAACUUUUUUGCUCUGCAAAGUAAACCAGUGGAACUUUUUUACAAGUCCUUGUGAAUUGAAUUGGAGUCAUCUUACAAUUGUUCCUUUGUGGCUGGUUCUGUUAGAUUAUUUAAAGCUACGGCGGUAUAUU